CCGAACUGGUGGCAGGUGUUGCUAGCGUCGUGAUGUUCUCUCUGACAGAACAUACCACGGUGUAGGGUGUUGCAUGUGUGUUUGUAUGUAGGCAUUCUCUCUGCAAUGUAACUCAUCUGGUUAAGCAGGGUGGCAGCGGUACUCACUCACUCACUCGCACACAAACACUCCAUGACUUCUGAGGUCCACUGUAUUAGGGAUUAAGGGAGUUGGUGGCUAUUUGGUGUAGACGAACAGCGUACGGAGAAAAAUAAGUAGUUCAGAGAGUUGAGGACCAUGUGGUGGAUGAGAGACACGGUAACAGAGAGGACCCCAGUGAAACCACCGCUCUACUACAGUCACAGCUGAAUUAUGGGGAAUGUGGAAAGUCAGAAUGGUGACAGCGGUUUCUACGGAAACGAGAAAGGUCACCUGUCCCGAAAGCACACGUCCCGAUCCCUCCGCCUCUCUACCAAGCAUCAGCAGCAGAAUCCCAGUCGACGCUCCCUACGACCCUCGGCAGGAAAGUCGGAACACCGCAAUUCCGAAGCCAGCACCCGCUCUUCCAGCACGCCCAGUAUCCCACAAUCCUUAGUGGAGAACGGCCUGGAACCUUUUAGCCAGACAGACGAGCUGGGGGAGUUUGGAAUCAACCCUCAUUGGACUGACCGCGUCGCCAUGACGAUGAGGCCUUCCGAGUCCUUCCCGCACGACGACGACGACGACCUCACCGGUGACCCCUCUUUAGCCACGCCCACUCCGGAAACCUCCGAGGUGGACACGAUCGCUCUGGAACGCGAAGGAGCUGAGGAAGAAGGAGCGGCGACGUACCCGGUAGAAAGGGACGACAGGGAGAGAGAGACGGACGGAGAGGUGCGGUACCUCCAGAGGGUGAACGAGGGACCGAGGGAAGAAGGAAGUUGUCAGAAGAAGAGGUCGAAGUCAGCGGACAUGUGGAGAGACGACAGUCAGGAGUUCUCUCUGUCCGAUCUCAGCCAGGACCACCUCACCUCCACCGAAGAGAUUAUAGAUGGAGGAGAGGAAGAGGAGGGGGAAGAGGAAGAGGAGGAAGAGGAGGAAGAGAGAGCCAGUUCCAGAGGAACAGCAGGUUCUGCAGAGAGAGCCUCAUCACUAGACCACCUGUGUAGCGAGCGCAGCCAGACGGUUCUACGAGGAACACAUAACCGCUAUGCCAAGAACCACCGGGACGGGGAACUCACCGCCCACAGAGGAAGGGAUGGAGAGGGGGAUGAAGGGCUGACCUCGCCCCAGGAGGAGGAGGGAAGCGGGUAUGGGGCCUUUACGCUGCCCUGUCGGAGGUCCCACUGUCUGUCUGAAGGUCUGUCAGGACACCAGGUGGUACCAUGUCCGACCUUCCAGGGUCGAAGGGCACAGACGACACAGGACAUAUCGGGCGUGCUGGGAGAGGGCAGUGAGUACGGCGAUAGCGGCAUCGACGGGGUUGCCACGGAGACGGACGGGGAAGUGGGGCCGGGGUCACGGCGGCGCUGUAAGGCUAUGUCAGCCUCGUUCUCCGUCUACUCUGCUGCCGGGAGCAGCGCGUUUAACGGGAGUGACAGCGGGAGCAGCAGUGGAGGAGGAGAGGGAGGAGGAGGAGGAAGAGGAGAGGGAGGAGGAGGAGGAAGAGGAGGAGAGGGAGGAGGAAGAGGAGGGGGGAGAAAAGGAGGAUGGGAAAUGUAUGAGAACUUCCAUCAGGACUUUGAGAAUCAACACUGGACUCGUCGAGAACGUGACUGCGCGGAGGAAGCGGGCUCAGCUGAGAGUGACGAGCGUAGCAGCGGCACACUAAGCACGGCUUACCCAUCAGACGCUCUCAUUGGCUGCUGUGCGCAGGGCACGGUGAGGAAGGCGGGAGCUCUGGCAGUGAAGAACUUCCUGGUUCACAAGAAGAACAAGAAGGUGGAGGCAGCCACCAAGAGGAAGUGGAAACAUUACUGGGUUUGUCUCAAAGGAUGCACUCUGUUCCUGUACGAGACUGACGGGCGGUCGGGGAUCGACCAUCAUAGUGUUCCGAAACACGCGGUGUGGGCUGAGAACAGUAUCCUUCAGGCCGUACCUGAACACCCCAAGAAGGACUUCGUCUUCUGCCUCAGCAACUCUCUAGGGGAUGCAUUUCUCUUCCAGACGUCGGGCCAGACGGAACUGGAGAAUUGGAUCACGGCGAUCCACUCAGCGUGCGCUGCUGCCGUUGCUAGGCAACAUCACCGGGAGGAUACGGUGCGAUUGCUAAGGACAGAGAUCAGGAAACUGGAGCAGAAGAUAGACAUGGACGAGAAGAUGAAGAAGAUGGGAGAUAUGCAGCUGUCUGCGGUGACAGAUAACAAGAAGAGAAAGACUAUUCUGGAACAGAUCUUCCUGUGGGAGCAGAAUCUAGAGCAGUUCCACUUGGACAUGUUCAGAUGUCGUUGUUACCUGGCCAGUCUGCAGGGAGGGGAGCUGCCCAACCCUAAACGCCUGCUAGCCGUGGCCUCCAGAGCCACCAAACAGGCCAUGGGACGCCUGGGAAUCUUCUCUGUGUCUUCCUUUCAUGCGCUGGUGGCGGUGCGAACAGAGAGCGCGGUGAGGAAGCGGUCCCAGGCUAUGCCCCGCCCCUCUAGUAAACGCCGGAGUCGCUUCUCUUCCCUCUGGGGGCUGGACACCACAUCUAAGAAGAAGGUCAAAGGUCGUCCCAGCAUCAACCAGGUGUUUGUUGCUGGGGAACCAGUGACCAAACCAAUGGAGAGAAUGUUUGAAGAUACGGCCAGUGAGAAAUCGAAGGAGGAGGGUUCAUUGAAAAUGAUUCCCCAGGACAGCGUGGACAGUGAGAUUUGGGUUCCUGACUACCUGGCCCCAUCCUGGGUGUGUCUACCUAACGACCAGCCUGUGCUUGUCGUCAUUCAACCAGGGGAGACUGCAGAAGAUACGCUGGACGCUGUCUGCAAGGCCCAUAAACUGGACCCGUCUAACUUCUACCUGCGUCUGAAGGUGUGUGUAGAGGAUCAGCUGCUGCUAUAUGUUCCCAAAAUGGAAGAAGACAUCUCUGAUCUGCUCUACAAAGAGAUUGAAAUAUGUCCCAAAACCACCAAGCUGAUCCGCUUCGACAAAGCUGAGUCCUGCACGUUGGGAUACGGUUUCUCCAUAGCAGUAGUCGACGAGGAGGGGACUCAGCAGCUCCAUAUCACUGAAGUAAACACAGGAGGACUGGCUUCUGCUAAAGGCCUGCAUGCGGGUGAUGAGAUCCUGUUGUUAAAUGGUAAACCGGCGUCGGCUCUGGGCGUGGUGGAUAUGAGGUCAGCGUUAGUCGGCCCCUCGUUGUCCCUGAGCGUGAGCACCCUGCCGACCCUUGUCCCCCGCGACCUCUGUCCUUUUCCCCCUCGACGCUCCAACACAGCAGAAUACGACCCUUGUACAGACAUCUAUUCACAGAGCCAAGAGGACAUUCUGGAUGAGGUAUCAGGGUUGACGGUGGUCAGUCCAGAUGAUACUUUAGAGGAUGAGUCAGUUCUGGAUCUGGAGAAUUCAGGACACAACCAGGCGGACUACACUGAGCCAGGACAGAAGAGUACUGAGCAGGUGACUGCAUACUGCCGGAGUCUCCAUGAGAUGAAUCCUUCCCAUGUUUCCCCACCGUCUUCCUCGUCCUGCUCUUCCUCCCUCUCUCCCAGCCAAGCGAUGCCAGUGGCGGGCAUUGCCAUCCAGAGACAGCUGUCACACGCCGACAAACUACGUAAAGUCAUCAGUGAACUGGUGGAGACUGAGAGGACCUACGUCAAGGACCUGGGCUGUUUGAUAGAGCGUUACCUAACUCCUCUGCAGAAGGAAAGAUUCCUCACCCAGGAUGAGCUCGAUGUCCUGUUCGGUAACCUAGGAGAGAUGCUGCAGUUCCAGGUUGAGUUCCUGAAGACUCUAGAAGAUGGGACCAGACUGGUAGCCGACCUGGACGAGCUGGAGAGAGUAGAACAGUUUAAGAAAGUGCUGUUCUCUCUGGGUGGAUCGUUCCUGUACUACGCCGACCGCUUUAAGAUCUACAGCGCUUUCUGUGCCAGCCACACCAAGGUGCCCAAGGUCCUGGCCAAAGCUAAGACCGAUGCAGACUUCAAGGCGUUCCUGGCAGAGAGGAACCCGAAACAACAACACUCCUCAACCCUGGAGUCCUACCUGAUCAAACCCAUCCAGAGGAUCCUGAAGUACCCACUACUACUGAGAGAGCUGUACUCACUGACGGACCCUGAUAGUGAAGAACACUAUCACCUGAAUGUUGCGAUGAAGGCCAUGAACAAGGUGGCCAGUCACAUCAAUGAGAUGCAGAAACUUCAUGAGGAAUACGGGGCCGUGUUUGACCAGCUCAUCAACGAGACGACCGCCGACCGGAAGGAGGUAUCCGAUCUAUCCAUGGGAGAUCUUCUCCUCCACUCCACCCUGGUGUGGAUCAAUCCUCCAGCCUCCCUGGUCAAAGGCAAAAAGGACCCUGAGCUGGCGACCUUCGUGUUCAAGACUGCGGUGGUCUUUGUGUACAGAGAUCGCUCCAAGCAGAGGAAGAAGCUUGGCGCGUCUCAUCGUCCUGCUGUGUCAGAUGACAGAGUCCCGUUCCUUUUCCGUCACAUGAUCUCAACAGACUCCCUACAAGUCCGCGCCCUCACAAACUCAGAGGGUACAGCGGUGUGUGAGAUAGUUCACGUGAGGUCAGAGUCUGAGGGGAGACCAGAGAGAACCUUUCACCUGUGCUGCAGUUCUGUGGACAGUAAGAAGGACUUCUUGAAGACAGUCCACUCCAUCCUGAGAGAUAAACAACGACGUCAGCUGAUGAAGACAGAGUCUCUACCCCUCAACCAGCAGUAUGUCCCCUUCGGAGGAAAACGCCUCUCUAACCUCAAGGGAAACAGACCGGCCAUGAACAGAGCAGUCUCAGCACCGUCUCGGACCCUUGGUCGCAGGAAGCUGGUUAGGAACCGAUUCACCAUUGACACCGACCUCGUUCUCCAUGACAACCUCGAAGACUCUAACCCCACCCACUCUACCCAUGACCAUUCCCACCAGCCUACACAUUCGCACCAGCCUCCACAUUCGCACCAGCCUCCACAUUCCCACCAGCCUCCACAUUCCCAUAACCCCCUGCUUCCUACCCAGACGCCUCAGCAGCAAACGCUGUUGGCGACUGGAGGCGACACGGACCGCUGGGUGGAAGAACAGUUCGACCUGGGUUGCUACGACGACCAGGGAGUAGUGACGGGGGAGAGGAGGAUGGAGGGAGGGAUAGAGGGAAGGAUGGAGGUGAAAGAGACGGACAUUCUGAGCGACGACGACGAGUACUGCAAGUCAGUCAGGGCUUCAUCAACCGAACCCAGCCUCCUGGAAGAGAGGAUGGAGGGAGCGACUCUAGAAGAAAGGAGCCAAGACCAGGACAGAGGGGUAGACGAGGAGGAGGAGGAGGGAAAGAAAGAGGUAGAAGAAGAGAGGAGGAGCUCCCAGGGCAUUCUCCAAGAGGACGAGAGGGGUGAAAGGGGAGAGUCACAGGUAGACUCUGUCUCCCCCGCCCCUCCCCCCUCACGGUCCCCUGCCCCCCCGGUGAAGCUUACCCCGCUCAGGAAGCAAUGGGCUGCAGAGGGCGUGGCCGGGAAGCAGUGUUCCGUGGAGGGAGUGGCCAAGAGGGACCACUGUGAUGUCAUCUGGGUGCGACGCGAAGACUACGCCAACGGAGGGAACAACGACGUCUUCUGAGACUGAGGGAGGGAUGAACAACAGAAAGAAGAGAAGAGAAGAGAGGGAUCAACGCCUUCUAGGGAGAAGAGAAUAUGACAGACGGGAUAAGACAGACAGGAUAUGACAGACGGGAUAAGACAGAUGGGACAUGACAGAUGAUUAUGACAGACGGGACAUGACAGACAGGACAUGACAGACGGGAUUUGACAGACAGGACAUGACAGAUGAUUAUGACAGACGGGACAUUACAGACAGGACAUGACAGACAGGACAUGACAGACGAUUAUGACAGACAGGACAUGACAGAUGGGACAUGACAGACAGGACAUGACAGACAGGACAUGACAGAUGGGACAUGACAGAAAGGACAUGACAGACGGGACAUGACAGACAGGACAUGACAGACGGGACAUGACAGAUGGGACAUGACAGACGGGACAUGACAGACAGGAUAUGACAGAUGGGAUAAAACAGAUGGGACAUGACAGACAGGACAUGACAGACGAUUAUGACAGACAGGACAUGACAGACGGGACAUGACAGAUGGGACAUGACAGACAGGACAUGACAGACGGGACAUGACAGACAGGACAUGACAGACGGGACAUGACAGACGGGACAUGACAGACGGGACAUGACAGACAGGACAUGACAGACGGGACAUGACAGACGGGACAUGACAGACGGGACAUGACAGACGGGACAUGACAGACGGGACAUGACAGACAGGACAUGACAGACGGGACAUGACAGACAGGACAUGACAGACAGGAUAUGACAGACAGGAUAAGACAGACAGGAUAUGACAGACAGGACAUGACAGACGAUUAUGACAGACAGGACAUGACAGACAGGACAUGACAGACAGGACAUGACAGACGGGACAUGACAGACGGGACAUGACAGACGGGACAUGACAGACAGGACAUGACAGACAGGACAUGACAGACGGGAUAAAACAGAUGGGACAUGACAGACAGGAUAAAACAGAUGGGACAUGACAGACAGGACAUGACAGACGAUUAUGACAGACAGGACAUGACAGACGGGACAUGACAGAUGGGACAUGACAGACAGGACAUGACAGACAGGACAUGACAGACGGGACAUGACAGACGGGACAUGACAGACGGGACAUGACAGACGGGACAUGACAGACAGGACAUGACAGACAGGACAUGACAGACAGGACAUGACAGACGGGACAUGACAGACGGGACAUGACAGACAGGACAUGACAGACAGGACAUGACAGACGGGAUAAAACAGAUGGGACAUGACAGACAGGAUAAAACAGAUGGGACAUGACAGACAGGACAUGACAGACGAUUAUGACAGACAGGACAUGACAGACGGGACAUGACAGAUGGGACAUGACAGACAGGACAUGACAGACGGGACAUGACAGACAGGACAUGACAGACAGGACAUGACAGACAGGAUAAGACAGACAUGAUUUGACAGACGGGACAUGACAGACGAUUAUGACAGGCGGGAUAAAACAGACAGGAUAUGACAGACAGGACAUGACAGACAGGACAUGACAGACGGGACAUGACAGAUGGGACAUGACAGACAGGACAUGACAGACGAUUAUGACAGACAGGACAUGACAGACAGGACAUGACAGACAGGACAUGACAGACGGGACAUGACAGACGGGACAUGACAGACGGGACAUGACAGACAGGACAUGACAGACAGGACAUGACAGACGGGAUAAAACAGACGGGACAUGACAGACAGGACAUGACAGACGAUUAUGACAGACAGGACAUGACAGACGGGACAUGACAGAUGGGACAUGACAGACAGGACAUGACAGAUGGGACAUGACAGACAGGACAUGACAGACGAUUAUGACAGACAGGACAUGACAGACGGGACAUGACAGACGGGACAUGACAGACAGGACAUGACAGACAGGACAUGACAGACGGGACAUGACAGACGGGACAUGACAGACAGGACAUGACAGACAGGACAUGACAGACGGGAUAAAACAGAUGGGACAUGACAGACAGGAUAAAACAGAUGGGACAUGACAGACAGGACAUGACAGACGAUUAUGACAGACAGGACAUGACAGACGGGACAUGACAGAUGGGACAUGACAGACAGGACAUGACAGACAGGAUAAGACAGACAGGACAUGACAGACGGGACAUGACAGAUGGGACAUGACAGACAGGACAUGACAGACGGGACAUGACAGACAGGACAUGACAGACAGGACAUGACAGACAGGACAUGACAGACAGGACAUGACAGACAGGAUAAGACAGACAGGAUAAGACAGACAGGACAUGACAGACAGGACAUGACAGACAGGACAUGACAGACAGGACAUGACAGACGAUUAUGACAGGCGGGAUAAAACAGACAGGAUAUGACAGACGGGACAUGACAGACGGGAUAAAACAGACAGGACAUGACAGACAGGACAUGACAGACAGGAUUUGACAGACGGGACAUGACAGACGAUUAUGACAGGCGGGAUAAAACAGACAGGAUAUGACAGACGGGACAUGACAGACGGGAUAAAACAGACAGGACAUGACAGACAGGACAUGACAGACAGGAUUUGACAGACGGGACACAAAUGUGACUGCUGAGUUCGUUCACACAAGCUUUAAAAAGGAGGUUUUCGAGGAGGGACGAAGGACCCCUGUCGAUGUAAAAACGAUCUCCCCUCACCGCUCCACGGGUGUAUUCCCUAGGAACCAAACAGAAGCAAACAGGGAGGGACUAACCUGAAUUUAAGGAACACUCGUUUUCAUUUACGAAACGUUUUCCAUUACAAAACGAUUUGCACUAAUGAAUACAACCCAUCGCCCACCUUCUCCUGACAAUCCUACUGUCUUCUACUUAGUGACAGACUCACAGUCCCACAAUGCCUCAACUGAACUGCUAUCAGAUGGGAGAGAGAGGCCGCACACGCAAACACACUGAACUAUAACAUCUUCACUGAAACUACAAUCUUGUUGCCAAAAAAAAAAAAAAAAAAAAGUUUAUUUUUCAAACGCAGGAAUGAUGAGUCAUAUUUUUUGCUUCUCUGACUUAGAAACUGUGUUUGUUUGUUUGUAACACUCAAGGGCUGUGUGUAACUUCAAAACCUUGUCUGCAUCUCAGAUGCUACCGUAUCGUGUACCCUUUUUAGUGCACUGUUUUUCACCCUGGACCCAUAGGGUUCGUAUCCUAAGCCUUGUCUUCAGGGGCUACAGACUGCUGUGUAGUAUACUCCAUAGAGAUAGCUAGAAGACACAACUUGGAUAUAAAUACAAAGAUGAGAUCUCUUUCCAUCUCUAUGGUGUACAACCCUGCUAGCUUUACCGCGCUUCUACUGUUCUGCUCGAUUAUCGGCUGCUGAUAGCACUCAGAGCAACUAUCCAGGCACAAUUAUAGCUUAUUGUCUUUUCUAAAAUUAACAUUAUUUUUUAUUCACGUCUACCAACAUAUUUGUUCAAAUCUUGAUUUUGUUGACUAUGGGGAAAAAAAUUAACUAAACAAAAUAUUUUUGGUUUUUAUUUCUGUUUACAUUGACAUCCAGUGUUACUCACUCCCUGACCCUCGCAUGGGACAGGAUAUGACAUCAUAAUAGUAAUAAUAUGACUUCCUGUUUUACUUGAAUUUUCUUUGGAGUUUUGUUUGAAAGGAAAAUGUUUGACAAAACACCUGCCGUUACUGACUGCAAAGCAGGAUCGAUGAAUUAGCCAGCUAAUUGAUUAUUGAUUAUUGAUUAUUGAUUAUUGAUUAUUUUAUUAUUUUAUUUAAAAAAAAGGAAAUAACAAUCAUUUUUCUGGUUCAGCUGAACUUAGAUCCGUGUUUUUGGUUCUUGAGUAAAUUAGACCAUGCCCAUUUCAAGCUUAUCUUUAAAGUAAGAAGUUAUUUUAGAAUAAUUAGGCAAGUAAAGCUGGAUAACUCAAUAAAUAUGCUUUUGUAGUAUACCCAACUGGACUGCUGCCAAUGUCGACCCCACUACUGUGUCACGCUACCUUCAAAAUGCUCCUCAGAACUGAGAAAUAUGAGGUUUCCGACUGGGAAGUAAAUAGUUGAACGAGCCUCCCAAGUGGAAAAGUCUGAGGUCAUUUAGAGUUGUGAUGUUUCGCCACUGACCUUUCUCACCUUUUCAAUCAAAAGAUUAAAAAACGAAUAAACAUUUUGACAUCGUCUAAUUCACUGUAUCAAUGUGGAUAAUGCAGCUAGUUUGACCAAUAUUAUCAACAUUAAGAAAGCUAGUCAACUCUAUCAUUAGCAAUGUUAGCUAGCUCAUCUAGCUAGCAAAAAUCUAUUUGGUUAAAGAAUGGUUUCCGAAUUCAAAAGCAAUUGAACAUUGUAAUGUCAGACUUAUCACUUUCUAACUGGGAAAUGUUUCAGUUCCAACGAGCAUUAGCUUCUGACUAACUCUUAAAGGAGUUGUCCUUAGCUUCUGACUAACCCUUAAAGGAGUUAUCCUUAGCUUCUGACUAACCCUUAAAGGAGUUGUCCUUAGCUUCUGACUAACCCUUAAAGGAGUUGUCCUUAGCUUCUGACUAACCCUUAAAGGAGUUAUCCUUAGCUUCUGA